AUUUAGUGGGCUAGCCCCUUUAGCCCACCGGGACCCCACCUUACCCUAUUAGCCCGCCACGAUAGCUUCUGGUGCAAGGAGGGCGGCGCCGCAGCUUACUCCCACCGCCGUCGCCGAUCGAUGGCAGCCGCCACUGCACGACUGCCUCUUCCUCCUUAGACCCCGCCUCUUCCAUCUCGCACGUAGCCCCUCCCAGGUUGGACAGAGGAGGCGCUGCAGCGCACGCGCACUCUUUCCGCCGCCGCUUGAUGGCCGACGCCGCCGCAUCACCGCCCCCUCCCUUGCAGCUUCUUGCCAUCCCAAUCAACACUCGUCAAUCCCCUCGACCCCGGCCGGACGGGAUGGUCAGGUCGCCGGCAACCCCCACUCGGACCCCCAGGUCACCGACUGCCCCAAACCCGACCUCCAGCUCGGCAGCUGCCCCAAACCCGAUCUCCAGCUCAGCGGCCGCCCCAAACCAGACCCCCAGCUCGGCGGCUACAGAUCUUGAGGAGCACAAGGGUACUGGUAAGCUCUUGUAUGCCAUAAAAAUUGAGAAGGCUAAUGGCCCAGAUCUUGAGGAGCACAAGGCUGCUAGUGAGCUCCAUGUGGAACCACCAAAGUGCAAGAAAAGGAAGCGAAGUAGGCAGAGUAGCGGCGAGCUUCAUGCAGAACACCAAGAAACAAACAAAGUCGUCAUGAAGUCAUCGACGUCCAAGAAAAAGAGGAAGGCAAGUGAAGGAAUGUGCACUAAUCCAUCAGCACCGUUGCUUGGACCUUUGGCCGUUGACAUGGAUAAGCAGGCACCACCAUUAAAGAAGAAAAGGCUUAAUAAGAGAGAUGUUGCAACUACACCAUCACUUGAAGCUUUGCUCGUUGACAAGGAUAAGAAGCCAUCGCCUAGAUCUUCUCCCGUUGACAAGAAUAAGCAGUCAUCACUAUGCAAAAAGGUGGCAAGAUCUCCAGUUCUUAACAACGUGGUAGUGUCAUUCUUAGCCAGAAGGGGAAAAAGGACAAGUCACUAUCCCCGUCACAACCUUCACUGCUGGCUUUGUCACCCAAAGUAGCAAACCUUGGUUCAUGCAGACCAUGAAAAUUAAAACCAAAAAUUUGGAACGAGGCAGAGCCAAUCUAUGUUGAUGGAAAGCUUGUAGAAGGUCGUUGUACUUAUUGCAACCAACUAUUUCCUGCCUCAAAAAAGUCAGGGACAAGCCAUAUCGGUAAACAUUUGUUGCUAUGUGAGGAGAGAUCUAAAAUGGAUGGUAUGGUUGCCAAGAUACAAACUGAUAGUGCAAUUGAUCCAUAGUGGAAGUUUGACCAA